AGCCGUUUUGGCUAGCAAAUCGACCUGCCUUGGUCCUUGAAACAUUGAGCUCGGGCUUAGCGACUUCUGACCCACAGAAGAUGCAGCAAGCACCUCCGGUUCCUCCGCCAGCUCGUCCGGCCAACGAUGGGAAGAAGCUCGCAGGGGAGGUGGACGAGUUCGCCUGUUGGGAGCGGGCUGCUCAGACACCUGCAGAGCUUCGGUUGGACUCCGGUGAGUGCUGGCGCGGCUACAACUUCGGGGCCAAGCGGUCCAUUGCGGGCGAGGUGGUCUUUGCAACGCCCAUGAUGGGCUACCCCGAAUCCCUUACGGACCCUUCCUUUGCAGGUCAGAUCCUGGUUUUGACGUAUCCCCUGGUUGGCAACUAUGGCGUCCCUCCGGAGGAGGAGGAUGAGAAGGGCAUGCCGCGGUACUUGGAGGGCAGGAAGAUCUACCCUGUGGCGGUGGUUGUUUCGGAGUACUCCUUCGUGGCCUCCCACUACGCUGCUGUGAAGAGUUUGUCUCAAUGGCUGGAGGAGCACAAGGUGCCGGGGAUCUUCGGCGUGGACACGCGAGCCAUCACCAAGAGGCUUCGCGAGGAGGGCUCCGCACUCGGCGCCGUGGUGGUCGGGUCCGACCCCGCGCCGCAGUGGGAGAACCCGAAUCUGCGGAACCUCGUGGCGGAGGUGUCGGUGUCCAGCCCGCAGAUGUACGAGCCGGACGCAGGCGACGCUGAGCCGCCCCUCAUCGUGGCGGUGGACUGCGGCAUGAAGUUCAACAUCGUGCGGUACUUUGUGUAUUACUUGCGGGUCCGGCUGAGGGUGGUGCCCUGGGACUACGACUUCUCCAAGGACGAGUUCGAUGGGCUCUUCAUCAGCAACGGCCCGGGAGAUCCGGAGAAGUGUGAGGCGACCGUGCAGUGCCUGCGGCGGGUGAUGCAGGAGCGGCCGCAGGUCCCGAUCUUCGGCAUCUGCCUGGGCCACCAGCUGCUGGCGCUGGCGGCGGGUUGCAAGACCUACAAGAUGAAGUUCGGGAACCGCGGGGUGAACCAGCCCUGCGUGGAUCUGCGCACGGGCCGGUGCUACAUCACCUCCCAGAACCAUGGCUUCGCAGUGGACGACACCCAGCUGCCGCCUGGCUGGGAGCCUCUCUUCGUGAAUGCCAACGACGGAUCCAACGAGGGCAUCGGCCACAAGGAGAAGCCCUGGCUGUCGGUGCAGUUCCACCCUGAGGCGUGCUGCGGGCCGGUGGACACGGCCUUUCUCUUCGACGAGUUCUUCAAGGUGCUGCGUGGCGCCUCGGGCCGGAGCCUGACCACGGUGAGCUACAAGCACCCGCAGGCCAUCAGCAAGGUGCUGGUGCUGGGCUCUGGCGGCCUAACCAUCGGCCAGGCGGGGGAGUUCGACUACUCGGGCAGCCAGGCCAUCAAGGCGCUGCGGGAGCAGAAGGUGCAGAGCGUGCUUAUCAACCCCAACAUCGCCACCGUGCAGACCUCGCGGGGCCUGGCGGACCAGAUCUUCUUCGUGCCCGUGACCCCCGAGUUCGUGACGAAGGUCAUCGAGAAGGUGCGCCCGGACGGGCUCUUCGCGGCCUUCGGCGGCCAGACGGCGCUGAACUGCGCGGUGCAGCUGCACCGGAGCGGCGUGCUGCAGAAGUACGGCGUGCGGGUCCUGGGCACGCAGAUCGAGUCCAUCGUGGCCACGGAGGACCGCGAGAUCUUCAAGGCGGGCGUGGAGAGCAUCGGCGAGCAGUGCGCCAAGUCAGCCUGCGCCAACACCAUGGAGGAGGCGCAGCAGGAGCUUGGCGCUUUCAGCCGAUGCCUGGUAGGCAGCGGCUUCGCCCGCGCCUACCACAUCUGCCGACGUGCUGCUCACGCGGCACCUUCGCCACCUCCCUCGCAGGCUGGAAGGACAGAUGCAGUGGUGCGCGAUGCUAAGGACAACUGCCUGGUGGUGUGCAACAUGGAGAACCUGGACCCCAUGGGCGUCCGCACGGGAGAUCCAUGUUGGUGGCACCUCCCAGACACUGAACAACCGAGUACCCUGCGGGCGGUGGCCAUCAAGGUGAUCCGGCACUUCGGCAUCGUGGGAGAGGCCAACAUCCAGUACGCCCUGGACCCGCACUCGAGCCAGUACCGCAUCGUGGAGGUGAACGCCCGGCUGUCGCGCAGCAGUGCUCUGGCCUCCAAGGCUACGGGCUAUCCGCUGGCCUACGUGGCCGCCAAGCUGGCUCUGGGCCACGACCUGGUGAGCUUGCGCAACAUGGUGACCCGGUCCACCACGGCCUGCUUCGAGCCGUCCCUGGACUACUGCGUGGUGAAGAUGCCCCGCUGGGACAUCGACAAGUUCCCCACGGUGGAGCGGACCCUGGGGACGCAGAUGAAGUCCGUGGGCGAGGUGAUGUCCAUCGCGCGCUCCUUCCCCGAAGCCAUGCAGAAGGCGCUGCGCAUGGUCAACGAGGGCUCGGUGGGCUUUGACGAGAGUUGGUACCUCCGAGCGCGGGCGGGAGCGGCCGUGUCCAAGGACCCUGGGACAUUGGCCGAUGGCAACAUCGAAGAGGAGUUGCAGAAGCCUGGGCCGCUGCGGAUGUGGGCCAUCGCGCAUGCGUUUCAGCAGGGCUUCACGGUGGAGACCGUCCACGCGCUGACCAGGAUCGACCGUUGGUUCCUGGGCAAGCUCUUCUCCGUCCAUCAGGCGCGGAAGCGCAUGGAGUCUCUGGGUAGCCUGGAGAAGCUGACAGAGGCCGGCCCAGAGUUCCUGAGGAGGAUGAAGCAGCUGGGCUUCUGCGACCGGCAGAUCGGUAAGGCGAUCAAGGAUUCGGACUUGGCCGUCAUGCAGCUGCGAGCUGGCUGGCACAUCAGGCCGUGUGUGAAGCAGGUGGACACGCUGGCUGCGGAGUUCCCAGCGCAGACGAACUACCUGUACCUGACCUACGUUGGGGAGGAGAACGACGUGGUGCCGCUGGGCAAUGAGCAGCUGGCGGCGCACAAGGCCGCGCUGUACGACACGGCCUUCGGCAGCCGACUGGAGGAGAGCGGGUUCCAGCUGCCGGACAAGAUGCAUGCCCGGGCGUCCCCGUGCCAGAAGGCGAAUGCCAGCCCCAUGUGGAAGGGCAAGGCCAGCAAGCAAGAGCCGCCUCCGCUGGAGCUGGUGCCAAGCCAAAGCCGGAGGGUGCCGGCGUACAUCGUGCUGGGCUCCGGGUGCUACCGGAUCGGGGCCUCGGUGGAGUUCGACUGGACGCGACCGGACACGGGCCUUGGUGAUCAGCUGCAACCGAACGGUGUCCACGGACUACGGCAGGCGACCGCCUGUGCCCGAGGAGCUCACCUUGGAAGCCGUGGCGGAGACGUCCGCUUCGAGCAGCCAGAGGGCACCGUGGUGUCCGUGGGCGGGCAGACGCCCAACAACCUGGCGCCCAAGCUGGACCAGCUGGGCAUCCGCAUCCUGGGGACGGCGGCGGCCAACAUCGACCGCGCCGAGGACCGGUCCAAGUUCUCCGCCAUGUGCGACGAGCUGGGCAUCGACCAGCCGGAGUGGUCCCAAUUCGUGCGGCUGGAGGAGGCCACGGACUUUGCUCGGCUGGUGGGGUACCCGGUGCUGGUCAGGCCCUCCUACGUGCUGUCCGGCGCCGCCAUGCGGGUCAUCGACGACGAGCAGCAGCUGAAGGGCUUCCUGGGCACUGCGGCCGUGGUGGAGCAGGAGUUCCCGGUGGUCAUCUCCAAGUACGUGCAGGGUGCUCGAGAGAUCGAGUUUGACGGCAUCGGCCGCAACGGCCAGGUGAUCAACUACGCCAUCUCCGAGCAUGUAGAGGAUGCGGGGACCCACAGCGGCGACGCCACCCUGUUGCUGCCUGCCCAGCGUCUGCAUUUGGAGACCCACCGGCGAGUGAUGCACAUCGCCAGCCAGCUGUGCAAGGCUCUGAACAUCUCCGGCCCCUUCAACGUGCAGUUCAUGGCACUUGAAGACUCUUGCUUCUCCAUGAGGUCCGUGAAAGUCAUCGAGUGCAACGUGCGAGCUUCUCGCACCGUGCCCUUUGUCUCCAAGACCUUCAACGUGAACUUCAUCGAGCAGGCCACUCGCGUGAUGCUGGGGCAGGAGGUGAGCAAGCAGAAGGUUUACGCCUACGACUUCGAGUUUGUGGCCUGCAAGGCGCCCAUGUUUUCCUUCCUGCGGCUGAGCGGCGCGGACCCGCACCUGGGCGUGGAGAUGCAGAGCACGGGCGAGGUGGCCUGCUUCGGGCACAACGCCCACGAGGCCUUCCUGAAGUCUUUGAUCGCCAGCGGCGUGCAGAUCUCCAAAAUCUUCGAGCCCUGUGGCGUGCUGCUGGCGCUCAACCCCAAGGACAAGGCCGCCGUGGCGAAGUACCUGCCGCUCUUGGACGAGAUGGGCUUCAAAAUCUUCGCCACCCACGGCACGGCCUCCUUCUUGGAGGCCAGCAAGCCCCAGCGCAACGCCAACAACAGCGCCAUCUGCGUCACGCCUCUGGCCAAAAGUGCCGACGGCGUCGUUUCCGCCAUCACGGAGAAGACGGUGAAGCUGGUGAUUUGCACGCCUUCCUCGCGGGAUUCGGCAGGCCAGACGCCGGGCUACAAGAUCCGCAGGAAAGCCCUGGAGACGGGCGCGUGCUUGAUUGUGAACAUGCAACAGGCCCUGAUGCUCAUCGAUGCCCUGUACGAGAA